AUGAACAACAAUAAUCAUCAUUAAACGAAACCAAUCGAAAACGCUACAUAAAAGCAUUUGGAACUCAAAGUUACCACUAAGACAAAGAGGGAAAUCUGCAUUAGGGAAAAUUCUUAAGGAUUCUUCGGAUAAAUUGAUUUUGCUCUGUUGCUACAGCCUGAUCAUCAAUUGAGAUAGGAAUUUUGCUAUUUAAAUAAUUAGGGUAAUCCAUAUAGGUGGAAAGUUUUCAAUUAUGAAAAUAGUCAGAACAGUAUAUGACGGAGGAGGGAUUAUAAUUCAUCGUAGUAAUUUUGAGGAGUUUGUGUCAACCUAGUAAUUUGAAAAAGAUUUUAUAGAUUACAAAAAUUUUGAAAUAAAAGACGUUUGCCAUGUGGAAGAAGCUAAGCAUCAAGAAUAAAGCUCAAUCAAUUUCUGGGGAUCUAACUGCAUGUUUCUUGUUAUUAGACCCAUCUCUCAAGCGCCCCAAAAGAGGAAAUUUAUAAACACACUCAAAGGAUCAAGAGUUUAGUAUUUUUUAUCCCUAGUUAAAUGAGUCCAGUAAACAAAAUGAAGUUCAUAAAAAAAUUUUAAAGAUGUUUAACUGACUUCCAAAAGGAAUAAGUUUAGAACAUUAAUUUAAUAUCUAAAAUAGUUGUGGAAGCAUGACAAUACUCCUUUAAUUUUUUUAGAGAGGAUCAUUAUAAUAAAAGUCCCUGACAUUUGGUGUAUUAAUGCUCUACCUAUUCAUAGGACAAUUCUACUUCUAAUCAAAUCUAAGAUAAUUUCAGUGGAAACGAAUCAAAAAAUUUACAAGAAUGGUCGAUUAUAUUCAAUUCAAGAGUAUGAUCACAUUAAUGUACAAUUCUAUAAAUAAUUUCUUGAAGGUAUUGAAGAAGGCCAAUAAGUAUCUUAAGUUGGGUAAUUGUCACUCUUAUUCGAUAAAUGACCUAUUUCAGUUGGGUAGUCAUGGACAUUCAUUUAAUGGAGGUUACCAUAGUGUUUGA